UGAGUGUGAAAAGUGCGUUUUAGAAUGAUUACCGUCGGCCAGCAUAGAGACAGAUUAUACCGCUCUACACAACUGUUGUUUUAAUCCUCUGGGCGAGGAGAUUUAGGCAAGGGGGGAGAAAAAAAACCCAGCAGCCAUAUUGUAUGGAAAAACGUCGAGAAGACUCGUUUUUUCUCAAAAAGUGCUUUUGCCCAACAACCCUGGCCGGACUUUGGAGGAGUUGAAUCCGUCUUCAAGGCCAGUGGGGGUGGUGGAGGCUUCAUGUCGGACGGCUAGCUUACCAGCUGCUUGACUAGAACGGAGACCAGGGACGCUUUUCACUCAUUAUUUGCUGUCGUUAUUUGGAUUUCAGGCGUUAAUUUGUCGUCUGAAAGAUGAAGGACCGAUUGGAGCAACUGCGAGCGACGUGCGACCAAGACGACGAUGAAGUGGAGAUCGCGAUGGACAACGCGGCCUUCAUGGACGAGUUCUUCUCCCAGAUCGAGGACAUCAGGAGCAGCAUCGACAAAAUAGACGAGAACGUGGCUGAGGUCAAAAAGCUUUACUCCGUCAUCCUGUCGGCUCCCACGUCGGACCAAAAAACGCAGGAAGACUUGGAAGCCAUCACCAAUGACAUCAAGAAGAUGGCCAACAACGCUCGAAACAAACUGAAGACCAUCGAGAGGAACCUGGAGUCAGAAGAACAGGAGAGAGUGUCGGCCGACAUGCGGAUACGUAAAUCCCAGCAUGCGGUGCUGUCCAGGAAGUUUGUGGAGGUCAUGACAAAGUACAAUGAAGCCCAGGUGGACUUCAGGGAGAGGAGUAAAGGACGCAUUCAGAGGCAGCUGGAGAUCACCGGUAAAGCCACGACAGACGAAGAACUUGAGGAGAUGCUGGAGAGCGGGAACGCUGCUGUGUUCACGGCAGGGAUUGUGGACUCCGGCAUCUCCAAACAAGCCCUGAGCGAGAUCGAAGCCCGGCACAAAGACAUCGUGCGUCUGGAGAGCAGCAUCAAGGAGCUGCACGACAUGUUCGUGGACAUCGCCAUGCUGGUGGAGAACCAGGGCGGGAUGAUUGACAGGAUUGAGAGCAACAUGGACCAGUCGGUGGGCUUUGUGGAGCGAGCCGUAGCGGACACUAAGAAAGCCGCAAAGUUUCAGCAGGAGGCUCGACGCGUGAGUGACCGCCAUGGAGAUGAGCGGUUCGGGUUUCCCAAAAGCAUGACCUACCUCGUCGGUGUGCUCACGCUCGACGUACGCGUAUACACUCGUCCCUCGCUACAUCCUGUUUCUAACGCCACUCCCUCACGAUGUCAUGCUUCAUUCAUAAAGCAUAAAAUGGCUAAAUGAGCUAUCUACUGGUGAAUGUAGUAUCCUGGUGUCUGUAAAGCAGCAGACCUGAUUGCCAGAACAACAAGCUUUUAUUGCAGGUUUCACUCAUCUCGGAAAUAGGCACAACAUAGAAUAAUAAAGACACAGGUCAUUCAACUCUUAACGCCCGAUCACUUCCUGUCUGCCGUCGAUUCUGCGCCACUACAAGCUAAACUGUCUUAAUUGCCGUAUUUUUUACUCGUUAUUUCUACUGCACUGGGGAAUAUGAAUGCAAGAUGACUAUAGGGGUGUUAGUUCAUGUCUAGAGGGCUCUAAUGAUGCAGAAUAGUGCUCCGGUCUGGAGCCAGUUAAGGACAAACGGUAUGACUGGAUAGCAGUCUGUGCUAGUUCCAGGAAAUAGACUACACCACUAGACAAUGGUAGAGGGCACGGAUGCCGGAUGAGGAAAAAAACACAGAAAACACCGACUGUGCUUUUACCGCUUUUCCUCAUACUAAUCAAUCAUGUGUUGCAUUUGAGUGCGUCUGUUCAAAAUAAUUUGAAACAGCAGCAUGCUUUUGGAAGACCGGAACCCUCCCCCGACCCUCACCGUGGUGAUCCCAACCUGACCCCCUCUCAGUCCCAGCCAAAUUAGACCAUGCACCCUUCACUGCCACACACACUCUAUUCUGUACUUUCCUUAUGCUGUGGUAUUGUUUGCACAUAAUAAUGUGGUAAACUGGUUUUGAACUGGUAUGAAUGUGGAUGUUCAAGCACCAAAGUGGACCAAAAACCACCCAGUAAACAGAAUGAACUCUUAGAGUAAAUGUUUGACACGCACAUUAGAGUUGGACCAGGUGAGCUUUGCUGAAGUCAGGAUAUUAGAGCAACACGGAGCCGGCGUGUCAUGGGACUUUUCGUAUUUCUGAACAGGAAGUACGUCUUGUGGAACCGAGCCACUUUCUUUUGAUGACAGUGAAGUUUAUUGCUACUCUGACUUUAUGGCUAGUCGUCCCUCGCCACAUCACACACGAGCCAGAGUUGAUCGCCGUUGCCAGGCAUUUAUCGGCAUAUGUCCGAUACUGUCCGAUCCCAAGUCGUUACAUAAGUAGCACGACAAUAAGGAGAGCAAUAACGAUGUAGGCUGGAAAGUUCUCCUGACGCUCCCGUGUGUACUUCCCAACAGAGAGUGCUGCAAGUAGUGCUGCUUGUUCUGGUCUUGCUGGCCGUGCUUGCCCUCAUAAUCGGGUUGUCAGCGGGCCUGACGCGCCGCUGACCAGCUGUUUGAGUAAGAUGAUCGCUCAGGGUGAGUAACUUGGGAGCGAAUACGCUGCCGAGCGGCACAGACGGUGCGGGGCCUUCUUUUGGGAAAAAGGGUUUUGCAUGCUCCUGGCACUGAUAAAAGGCUUUGUGUGUGUAGAGGGCUUAGCUGUACCUGGUGGCGCGUGGGACGUUCGUGGGCGGGUCUUUUCUCUCACCUCGCAAAGCAAAGCAACCAAGCGGUGCUUUUGACCUCAUUCUCCUCUCUGUGUCCCCCUCUCCGUAGAAGAUGAUCAUAAUCGCUGUGGUGUGUGCCGUGCUUGUCAUCAUCCUCCUCGCCAUCAUCCUCUCACAGACUCUAUAGGAGAACCUCAGUCAUGUCAUUCAUCCUGCCAUCAUGUCCGUCAUCUCAUCCCUCCCCCGACUGAGCAUCCGGAGCCUUUGGCAAACGACACUUGACCUUUUGUUGACUUCACGUCAUUGAAGCUAAGCCAUAAACGAAGACUGAACCCGACGUCCAGCCACUCAUCAUUUCACCAUUCAGGUGUCACGUGGACAUGACCCCCCCUCUUCCGCGGAAGCACGCCACCCCCCCUUCCCUUUUUUUAUGCCUUUUGUGAGCCUUUGACACAUUUCACAAUUUACUGGGAAUUUCAAAGUUCUUGGGAGUUUCAGCACUUUCACCUUUUUAAAAGAAGCGUCUUUGUUUGUUUGUUGCUGGAGUCUUAAAAGCGAAAAGAGCUGGCAAGAUGCUCCGUAUUGAAUCCAAAGGUUAAAGACCGUAGCUAGCGGCACAAUAAAGUCUUGCCAAUGAAGUUGCACCAACACAUCCCAAACUGUUAGCUUUGUUUUAGUACACCUUGUUCAUUUUGUUACUAUUUUAAACACACAAGUUGCCAAAUGUCUAGAUAACACACCGCUGUAAGGAUACUCCAACUCUCUAUUGUUUACAGAGAUACUUUGUUUAUAUUGUUUGGGCCGACGUAGCAAUAAAGAUAGAUUGAAUGCGAGUCAAUAGACUGGAAAAUGAGCACCUUGAAAAGGUUCUAUUGCAGGGAUUUGGUGUCAGACCGCAUCAAAUGACUUCAAAGAGUGGAAUUAUGUUUUUUUGGCCGUCUCCGCUGAGAGACGGCCUUACAGUGUAUUUAUCCACGGGGACUGCAGCCUGAAUGGUGCCUUCAUUUGUCAAAGAGGGCACCGGGGAGACAUUUCCACCGCCUUUAAUGAGGGAACAAAACUAUGAUUGUACUAAUAUUUUAAUGCAAAUAAAUGUUUUAUAAUGUAUGUCGCUGCUUGACUUGGUGUUCCCUGCCAUCCAAGACACACAAGCUCAUAUGAGAGGUAGGCUCUCUUUUUCUCUUUACGCACACAAACAAAAACACACUCCCUUUUUCCCCUUGCUCAUCCUUGUGAAGUCUCCUUGUGCAUGGAUGUCAAUUUAAAGAUCCACAAAUGACCUUUUCUCCUUAUAUCUCCAGAAAAAGAUGAUGAUUACUUUGUGCUGUGCCAUCAUUGGGAUCGUCGGGUUCUCAUACCUCUACAGUUUCUUCUCAUAAAAGGUAAAACCCUUUGCAUCAACAUCAAACAUGAAAAAUGUUGGCCCCUUUGCAUGUUUCAAUGCAUGAUUGUCUUUUUGUGUGGUGUUUUUUUUUUUCCAAGAUUUGUCCAAAAAUGUUUCCUCAGACUUGAUCUUCGACUGAAACGUUCAAUUGUAUCCUUGCCUGGUUCUGUACUUCCUUCUUUCUGUGUUGUUAGACUUUCAAUCAUAGUUUUAUUGCUGUAUCAAGUGCGUCAUACAUGUGCAUUGCUUUUCUCACUGCAUCGCCCCCUGGUGGUCAUUUUAAAGAAGCUUUCUAGUCCGAUAAUAAGCUUAUACAAGACUGACUUUUCUGACGGAGCAAAUAUAAUCUGUGUGAUUUUUGUGGUGUGUAUGUGUUAAAAAUGCUUGUAAUUAUGUUUUGUAUGUGUGUCAUGAGUUCCCUGGUUGCGUGUCAACCCAGAAAAGCUUGUUAUGUAAUAAUAAACUAUAGCUGUGCGUUGUACCACCUGGCGUCAUUUCUUCUCACUAAAUCCUCAUUUUUCCCCCCACACAACCGCUGUGGCAGAGUUGCCGUGUUUAGGGGGCACAUGAACGUAGUGGAACGUCAAACUCGGAAGUAUUUUUCAUCAUUUGAAGCCUCGUCUUCUUGCUUGCAAGAAGUAGCACACCCGGUCAGUCAUAACAGGGGAGGCGGAGUGCAGAAAAUAGUGCGCUCGAUUUAUAUCACCACG